GGUGCGCGCUAAUCCGUCCACGGGCUAGUGGCCAGUCCGUCGGUGGGCCGCGGUGGCGAAUGUGACCUGCGUGCUUGACACACGUACAUACACACACGGCAGAGGGCAGAACACUGGUGCAGCACCGGUGGCCUAUACUGACCAGUCAAAGCAGUCACGCUGGCCCGCAUGGACAAAUGGUUCGGUGAUCCGCGCCGCUUUUGGCUCUUCGGAGGGCAGGCACCGCUGCUCUCGUUCAGACCUCGCGCCCCAUCGCGGUCAAUGGAUCGCUACGAGAAGCUCGGCCGACUGGGUGAAGGUUCGUAUGGCGUGGUGUUCAAGUGCCGCAACCGCGACACCGGUCAAAUCGUGGCGAUCAAGAAGUUCGUCGAGUCGGAGGAAGACCCGACCAUCAGGAAAAUUGCCCUGCGAGAAAUCCGAAUGCUCAAAACGCUGAAACACCCAAACCUGGUGAACCUGAUCGAGGUUUUCCGAAGAAAGCGGCGUCUGCACCUGGUGUUUGAGUUCUGCGAGCACACGGUGCUGCACGAGCUGGAACGCCACCCCCGCGGCUGCCCCAGCACCCUGACGAGACACGUCGUCUGGCAGUGUCUGCAGGCCGUGUCGUACAUGCACCGCCAUAGUUGCAUCCACAGGGACGUCAAGCCAGAGAACAUCCUGCUCACCAGGGCUGGCGUCGUCAAGAUCUGUGACUUUGGAUUCGCGAGAACCAUAAGUCCGGGCGAGAACUACACGGACUACGUUGCCACCAGAUGGUACCGAGCGCCUGAGUUGUUGGUCGGCGACACUGCUUACGGGCCUCCAGUCGACGUGUGGGCAAUAGGCUGCGUGUUUGCUGAGAUGACGAGAGGCGAGGCGCUGUGGCCGGGAAAGUCGGACGUGGACCAACUGUACCUGAUAAGGAAAAGCGUCGGCGACUUGCUGCCGCGGCACAUGCAAAUUUUCAAGAAGAACGAAUUUUUCGUCGGCGUCUCGUUGCCCGAGCCCGAGGUGAUGGACCCGUUGGAGGAGAAACUGGCCAAACACGCGACGCCCGAGGGAGUCGAUUUUGCAUUGAAGUGUCUCGACAAGGAUCCGAGCCAAAGAUGGACCUGCGACCAACUCAUGCAGCACGAGUACUUUGACAAUUAUUCCUUCAAAUCACCAGAGACCGAGUUUGGAGAGUAUGAUAGGGUCAAAAAGUCAAGAGACCGAUCAAGGACCUCCAACCAGAGCACAACAAUAUUGCCCCAGCUGACAGGAUCAACGACGUCGGAGAAGCAGACGGCCGGCGGACAGGUGCGGUCGAACAACUCGACCAGCAGCACCCAGCAGCAGUUUGCCCAUCUUCCCACAAUCUGACGUCCCACCAUUCUGGGCUGUGACUGCCUUCAUUCAUCUCUGGAGGAGUGAAAGCGGCCGCUGACAUAACUCUUGUUAUUUUUUUAAUAACACCUUUUCACGCGCUUCUCAAAGGAAAGAAACACGGCCUGCGCGUGUUGCAACCACAAAGACUUUUGCCCAAAUAGAGAAAUAUGUAUCCACAAAUCAUAAUGCGUGUGUCCACCAAAUCUAUGUGUGAAUCAAAGACUAAAGUGAUCUCUAGAAUAAGCAAAAAUCUAAUAUAUAUUAUAUAUCUGUCGUUAUUUUCAAAAGAGAGGAAAAUUGUCUUAUUUACAAAAGAGGCCCUGUUCAAUUUAAGAAAUGAGUGUUGCUUGUUCAAAUUAUACGAUGGAAAUGUGGUAUAAUAAAAAGUUAUGACUGAGCUUUUUUAAUAGGA